CUAAUGUUAUACCGUUCUAUUCCUUCAACAUCCAGAGACGAGCGACACAAGCCAUACCGGAGGGAUGCGGCUCCGGUGCAACGAUUUGACGCACAUCGAACGGGCCCGGCAGCGGACACUGCGGCUCACCAUCACCAUCGUGGUCGUGUUCGUGUGGUGCUGGACGCCGUACGUCGUGAUGACACUGUGGUACAUGUUCGACCGCGAAAGUGCCCUCAAAGUGGACGGUGCCAUCCAGGACGGGCUCUUUCUGAUGGCGGUGUCCAAUUCGUGCAUGAACCCGCUGGUGUACGGAUCGUACGCGAUGAAGUGUCGACGGCCCUGGCGGAGGCAAGCGGCACCGAACGGAGUGCAAACCCCAAAUGCAGCCCAGCGGAGGUCCACCGUCUUUCUUCUUGCCUCGUCCACAGAUGCCGUCUCGGGGAUGGCGGGGCCGCACUCGGACCGGCUCACCGGUCGGGACAAUAAGGACGAGCUGGUGUACGAUGGUGCCGGUGCCGAGCGGAACAAACUGAAACAGUUCGGUCUAGCGAACGGGAUCUUUUCCAAGAUGGGCGCCGGUGCCGGUGGACGCCAUAACGGAGCGGUUGCGGGUGAGUUUUUCGCGUGGUGAUGAUGCAUUUAUGUUGAAGUUACACGGGUUCCAAGAACUCGUAACGUUUAAGUAUUUCCUAGUAUCCCAGAUUAGUUAAGAAAGCAAUUUGAAUGUGCUCGAAUUACCUGAAAGGAUCACGCUUCCUCAAAAAAGGUUGUCUUUCUGCGGCUUCGGUAUGUGACCGAAAACUGACAACUGACAACCCAUCAAAGAGAGAGAUGUUCUCUCGAAAAUUGACGGUUAAUUUGAAAAGUAUCGUCCACAAAAGAGCACGUGCGACGACGCCGACGACGACGACGGGGCGGAAAACGAAACUCAGUUUCGAAGCAAUCAAACAUGCCGCACGACUCUGUUAGCAUUUCCGGGAAACUGCGGGAUGGUGAAAACACUUUCUGGCUGGACGCAAGUCGUUCGGAAUGACAUGUUCUUCUGGAGGAAAUUCUGAAAAUCGAUGCUAUGUGUAGGUCGGUAUUUCGUUGGAAAUCAUCGAAAUGAGAUGUAUCCGGUUUUCGGCGAUUCGGUUGAGCUCUGUUUAAUUACUGUUUCGAGAGCGCUGCGAAAAUAGGAGUGCAAAAUGGUUGUCAGUCGAUUCCAUCCGUAGAGGAACGCAGCCUCAUUCAAAAUGAUGAAAGGCAGCUUACGAAGGGAUUAGUAGCCUUUUCGGUGAAAUGCUGCAAUACU